AUGAAACGACCUUCCAAUCUAUUUCCCGCAACAACCAACCACUUCUCUCGCUUCUCCCAGUGCGUCACGCCUCAAGAAGCCGGUCAACGUGUUGGCCAUGCUUUGGUCAAGGGUAUUCAGCGCAUUCCAGAGGUUCUCUCUUCUCCCACCUACUUCUUGCACCCUCACUUCGCUUACAGAAAUCGACUACUCGUGAUGAAUAGAGAUCAUAGGGCAGCUCCUCCUCCGGAAGCCUGCGAGCCAACCGUUCGUGAAAGCUCAAGCCGACCCCAUGGUCGAGUCAAGCAGACUAUUCAGAAAUUUACGAAACGCGUCACCAAGAAGCUUCCUAAACUCUCCAAGGCUUCCCGUAGCAGCAUUCCUGCGGUACAGAAUGCGGACCUUCGAGAUACUUCGUUGAAUCAGAGCAUCCAGGACAUGCCACAUAAACUUCCUUUCACGCACGACAAGCAUCCCACCCCAGCUGAAAAUCCCAGCAGCCAAGGCGCAUCCGGAGAACCCGCUUCGAAGGUUGUCGACAUCUCCUCUGGCGUCGAGGAAACUCCUGGUCCCAAAUCACCUGAUGCUGAACUUCAGGGUGCCCACGAGGCUUCAGAACAUAUGAAAACAUUCGGGGGGCGUGCGCAGUCUGUGACAUCCGCCGCCGCGAACGCCCCAGCUGGUCUCGCUGCUGCAGAUGAUUUCCAGACCAAUUACCUCCAACCCCUGAAGAUUUUCGACAGCGUCAUUGCCAAGAUCGCAGAUGUGCAUCCAUAUGCAAAGAUGGCGUUAGGCGUGCUUUCUGCCGCAGCCAAAAUUAUUCUUGCUCAAGCGAAGCGGGACGAGUCGAUGGAUCGUCUUCUCCAGAAAUUAGAUGAAGUCUAUGGCUUCAUUACCAGAGACGAGAAUCUUUCCAAGGUCGAAUCGAUGCAUAAUGUCAUCGGAAAGAUUGCUCAGCAGACUCUUGAGUGCGCCCGUUUCAUCAGGGAAUACUCAGAGACGAAGAGCUUCUGGAAGAGGGUUGGUAAAAACAUCAUCAAGGAAACGGAUGAUAUCAUCACACAGUACAACGCCGCCUUGGACAGCCUUAUGCAGCAAUUUCGGGAUCAAGCGCUUCAGGACGCAGCUAUCUUCGUCCAGUUUGCGGGCGAUACCCUGGAUCUUGGGGAUAUCGCUUAUGCAAAGGGUGCAGGACUAAAUACCAAGAAACAGUGCCUACCAGGGACGCGCAAGGAGAUUCUUUCCCAAAUUACGGACUGGAUCAACGACAGCGGAGAUGCUGCUAAACGUAUGAUGUGGCUAUCUGGCCCAGCGGGCAAGGGCAAAUCAGCCAUCGCGCACACGAUCACCAACUGGUUCGAGGAAACGGGAGGUCUCGGUUCAUGUUUUUGUUUCGAUCGACACAGAGAAGCAGACCGUCGCCAUGAAAAGAUUUUCUCCACCAUCGCGCGCGAUCUUGCUGAUCGUGAUCCGGGAAUGAAACGAGCGUUAGCAAAUGCAGUCAAGAAUGCGACCUCGCUCAAGAAUACGACGGACGUCAUCCAGCAGUGGCGCAAGCUUCUCAUGGAACCGCUGAAGAAGUUUCCUGGGUCAAGCGUAGGGCCUGUCUUGAUCGUGAUCGAUGCGCUGGACGAGAGCGGCGGAAUAGAGACGCGGCAGGACCUUCUCCGGAUACUUGCGGGUAAACUUCAGAACCAAGGACUUCCCCAAAUCACCGAACUCCCUUCCAACUUUCGGAUUCUCGUCACCUCUCGCCCACUUCAUGAUAUCGAAAAGGAGUUUGAAGGUGCUGAUCAUAUUCUCCGGUUGUCCAUGGACGCUAUUCCAACAGACGUAGCGGAACACGACAUUCGCGCUUUUGUAUCCAACAAACUACAAGGGUUGCCGAAUUUUGGGCGCAAGCAGUUUGCAAACCUCGCUGCGAAAGCCGAUGGGCUUUUCGAGUGGGCACGUCUUGCAUGCGAAUACAUCAAGGAAGACCGUCCCGGGAUAAAUCGAAGGUCUCGCUUUGAGACCGUCGUGAAUCGCGAUCCUGGGAAGUGGGCAAACAAGCUGUAUGACAUGUAUCGGCUUAUUUUGACAGAGAUCUGGCAACGGGAUCGGUAUGACGAAGUCGAGUACCAGGAAGGACUGGCGGAGUUUCGUUCCGUGAUGGGACAAAUACUCGGCAUGGUCGAACCUCUGCCUUUGAAUUCCCUCACCGCCAUGCGGAACUGUUUUCCAAACCACAGCAAAGAUUACCAAGUGGACAUCGUACAGCAUAUGGGAUCCCUCCUCAGUGGCACAACGGACCCACGUAUUCCCGUCAGACCCCUUCACGCAUCCUUUCAAGAGUUUCUCGGAGACAAGUCAUCCAGCGGAGACUUUUUCGUUGAGAUCACGAAGGCGCAACAACACGACCUCGCAUUCGCGUCACUACGAGUGAUGGAAGAUGGCCUUCGCUUCAAUAUCUGCGAUUUGAAAUCAUCGUACCUCCCUAAUUCCCGAGACACAGAGCUGCCUCAACGAGUUAAAACAUCCAUUUCCCUACAUCUCUCCUAUUCCUGUCGAUAUUGGGCUACGCACAUCCAGAAAACGGACUUUGACGACGAGCUAGCAAGGGAAAUAAGAUCACUCUUCGAGGACGAGAGACUGAUGUUCUGGAUCGAAGCACUCGGGCUUCUCAGUGCAAUCAGUGGUGCAGUUAUCGUACUUCCACGCGUUGCCAAGUGGUUGCAGGGCCAUUCUGGAUACGAGGAUGUGCGGUCCGCCACGAUGGAUGUACAAAGAUUCAUGCAAGUGUUUGGCGGGAUGAUUUUGCACAGCACACCCCAUCUGUACUUAUCAGCGCUCCCGUUCUCUCCCGUCAACUCUAUCAUUGCCACCAAAUUUACGGCUAGGUUUCCGAAUAGCCUUCGUCUGGCAUCCGGCCGGGAUUUGAACUGGACGGUUGUGGAGGCCAUAAUGAGGGGGCACACUGGCGCGGUUUUGUCAGUCUCGUUCUCACCGGAUGGUACUCGCAUCGCGUCUGGUUCAUACGAUAAGACUGUGCGGCUGUGGAAUGCAGCGACGGGAGAGCCAUUGGGUGAGCCCUUGAAGGGGCACACUCGCGCGGUUUUGACAGUCUUGUUCUCACCGGAUGGUACUCGCAUCGCGUCUGGUUCGGACGAUAAGACUGUGCGGCUGUGGAAUGCAGCAACGGGAGAGCCACUGGGUGAGCCCUUGAAGGGGCACGCUGGCGCGGUUUCCUCAGUCUCGUUCUCACCGGAUGGUACUCGCAUCGCGUCUGGUUCAGACGAUAAGACUGUGCGGCUGUGGAAUGCAGCAACGGGAGAGCCAUUGGGUGAGCCCUUGAAGGGGCACACUGGCGCGGUUUCCUCAGUCUCGUUCUCACCGGAUGGUACUCGCAUCGCGUCUGGUUCAUCGGAUAAGACUGUGCGGCUGUGGAAUGCAGCGACGGGAGAGCCAUUGGGUGAGCCCUUGAAGGGGCACGCUGGCGUGGUUUUGUCAGUCUCGUUCUCACCGGAUGGUACUCGCAUCGCGUCUGGUUCGGACGAUAAGACUGUGCGGCUGUGGAAUGCAGCGACGGGAGAGCCAUUAGGUGAGCCCUUGAAGGGGCACACUGGCGCGGUUUCCUCAGUCUCGUUCUCACCGGAUGGUACUCGCAUCGCGUCUGGUUCGGACGAUAACACUGUGCAGCUGUGGAAUGCAGCGACGGGAGAGCCAUUGGGUGAGCCCUUGAAGGGGCACACUGGCGCGGUUUCCUCAGUCUCGUUCUCACCGGAUGGUACUCGCAUCGCGUCUGGUUCAUAUGAUAUCACUGUGCGGCUUAUGAAAGUGCUGCCAUCCCUGGAGUCAACGAAGCUGGAUCCCUUUACAUCUCCACUGCAUCAAAGUACCGCAUCUCCCACUCAAGAAAAUCAUAUUACGCCAACAUACACUUGUAACCAUCCCCCCAUUUCCUUCUCGCCCUGCCUGAAACACGCCUUGCCCAACCCCGCUGACUUGCUCGAACCCGCCUCUCAUCAUCAUUCUGAUUCAACCCCUUUCUUGCUGCAGCCUGAUGGGUGGAUCAUGGGACCCAGCCAUGAGCUUCUUUUCUGGGUACCUCCCGCUUCCCGACACCCGUUUUAUUCUCCUGACACUGCAAUGGUGAUCCCGAGAGGAGGCGUUGAGCUUGAUUUGAGCUGCAUGACACAUGGGACGCGCUGGUCGAGUUGCCGAGAUGCCUCCAUGUAA